AAGCUACAGACCAAAAGCACAUGCAGCCCACCAAAUAAACCGGACCAACUUAGCCACCCACUGGAACUCACCGCCCCCCAAAAAACUACUGAUCACAACAUGAGCAGAUUCAACCGGCGAGUCCAAAUCCCCGAUUUACAACUCCCCAAAUACGACGAUGCAGAAGAAGAAGGAGAUUAUAGUGAUAAUAAUGGAGUAGCGCGAUUAACAACAACAGGGAGCAAUGCGAGUGACGAUCAAGAACCAGUCAUGGGUGUUAAAGUUCUAAGACAAGCUUCGUGUCAUAGAGAUAUUAAAGGGGAUUAUCUUGAUGUUCCUUCUCAUUCGUACUUGAUGAAGAUUUUUCAGAAACAAGGUGAUAAGCAAGUUCUCUUUGCUGAUAAAGUUUUGAAAUUCACUGCUUCAGGAAAGAUGAAACACCGCAUAUUGUUAAUAACUGACUUUGCCCUUUACAUUAUUGACCCGGAGACUAAUGCGCUUAAACGACGAAUAGCUCUGGCAGCUGUAGAAAAGACAUGUUUGAGUGACUUAAGUGAUAAUUUCCUUGCAAUUAUCAUUCCAAAAGAGUAUGAUCUUCUCAUGGCCAGCACUAGAAAGACUGAAAUAGUUGCAGUGUUAGUUGAAGCCACCAAGAGUGCUUCUGACUUUGAACUUGAGGUGGUUUUUUCCAAUAGCUUUGAGUAUAAUGCAGAUGCUGAAUUGGUAAAGGAAAUCCAGUUCGAGGAAGUUGAAGGAGGAGUUAAAACCAGAAUCACGAGGAAAUGAGUAGCAGUCCACACAUGAUUUCAUUUGUUUAUAGAAGUCCACACAUGUUUUCAUUUGUUUAUAGACUACACAGGACAUUCAUACUGUUCAUUGUAAAGCGGGAAGGUCAUUGCAUUGGCCCAUUGAUAUAUUGUUUUGUUGAUGUUGAUUUUUGUGUGUCUAAUCCCUGUAGUAAAAGAAUUGAAGUUUUUCUCUGCGGAACUGGUUUCGGUUGUAUGAAAUGAGGUUAUUUUUUA